AUGGAGACCGAAACUACCGUCUAUCGGUAUGAGGAGAAGAAGAAUGACAUCGAGGAACAUGUCUUCCCCUCCGAUGGGGAAGUCACGGAUGCCGAGCUGGAUGACUUGACGGCCUUGGUAAAAGAAACCAUUGCCGAGCACGAGAUGGAUGGCAAUUUCCCACAGGAGAUGCUAGACGCUGCCAGAGAGUUUCUGGCCAAGGACCCAAAGCAAAUCACCGCUUUGGAGGCCCAGACCUUGCUUCAAGAGAUUCGCCAUCAACGCGAUGUCUUGCUGAACGACUCGCCCUAUCCCGAAGUCCGUGCCGUCGUUGAUCCCCUCGAUGAUCCCUCCAUCUCGUCCAAUACCUUCCGUGCCUGGUUCAUCGGUCUGUUGCUCACCAUCGUCUUCACCGGUGUCAACCAGCUGUUUACCCUUCGAUACCCGAGUAUCGUUCUCACCUCCUAUGUCUCUCAGGUCGUGUCUUACCCGAUGGGAGUCUUCAUGGCCAAGGUUCUGCCAACGCGCCAGUACUCCUUGUUCGGUUACCGCUUCUCCUUCAACCCCGGCCCCUUCAACCAAAAGGAACACAUGUUGAUCACCGUCAUGGCCAAUGUCGGUUAUGGAGGUUACAUGGGUACGGCCUACACCACCAACAUCUUCACCGUGCUAAAGGUGAAGAAGUGGUAUAACAAUACCGAGUUAUACGACAAAGCCGGCUUCCAAAUCCUGAUUACCCUCUCUACCCAGUUUUUGGGAUACGGAUGUGCGGGUCUGGUGCGUCGCUUCUUGGUCUUGCCGCCAUCUAUGAUCUUCCCCAAGGCCUUGGCGACGAUUGCCCUCAACAAGGCUUUGCACAGCGAGGAGACCGGACGUUCCAUCCAUGGAUGGACCAUGUCCCGUUAUCGUUUCUUCCUGUACGCUUUCGGUGCCAUGUUUGUCUGGUACUGGUUCCCUGGAUACCUCUUCCAGGCUCUGUCUUACUUCAAUUGGAUCACCUGGAUUGCUCCCAACAACACCACCUUGGCAGCCAUUACCGGUAGUAUCACAGGACUGGGAUUCAACUUCUGGCCCACCUUUGAUUGGAACUUGGCAUCACUCAUCUACGAUCCCAUCAUUACCCCCUUCUAUGCCCUGGCCACCAUUACCUUCGGAACCGUGUUCUUCUGUAUCUGCGUGAUCGUUCCUAUCUGGUGGACCAACGUGUGGAACACUGGAUACUUCCCCAUCAUGAGCAACUCUCUAUUUGAUAACACCGGCGCCUCGUACAACGUUUCGAAAAUCAUGGUUAACGGUGUUUUCAGCCCUGAGGCCUAUGAUGCUUACAGCCCACCUUACAUGACUGCCUCGUACGCCGUCAUGUUCUUCUGCUUCUUUGGAGCCUACAUGGCUGGUGUUAUUCACAUCAUACUCUACAACCGCCACGAACUGUCCAAGGGAUUCAAGUCCUUGUGGCAAUGGAAGAAUGCUCGCGAGGAACAUGAAGAUGUUCACAACCGCCUGAUGAAGGUGUACAAGGAUGCCCCAGAUUGGUGGUAUCUGGUUAUCUUGGCCCUGUGCUUCAUCAUUGGUUGUGUUGUGGCCCACGUCUAUACCCCAUCUUUCCCGAUCUGGGGAAUGGUUGUCAGUUUGCUCCUGUGUCUUAUCUUGCAGGUUCCCUAUGGUAUGGUGUAUGCUAUCACCAACGCCGAAGUUACCAACAAUGUCCUCACCGAGAUGAUUGCCGGUUACGCCAUCCCCAACCAACCCGUCGCCAUGAUGAUCUUCAAGACCUACGGUGUCGUCUCUUGCGCUCAGGCUAUCCAGUUCGUUUCUGAUUUGAAGAUGGGCCACUACAUGAAGAUUGCCCCCCGGGUCAUGUUCAGUGCGCAGUGCAUUGCCACUUUGGUCGCUGCCUUUGUCAGUAUCGGUGUCAAUGCCUGGGCCUUGGAGAACAUCCCCAACAUCUGCGAGUCGGAUCAAGCGGCCGGAUUCAACUGCGAGGCUAUUACUACAUUCUUCACUUCCUCCGUCAUCUGGGGUGCCAUUGGACCCGCGAGACUCUUUGCCGAGGGAAUGAUGUACAACGCCACUUUGUACGGAUUCCUGUGUGGUAGUUUGCUGCCCGUUCCGUUCUACCUGCUGUCCAAGUUCUUCCCCAAGUCUGGCUUCCGUUACGUCUAUUCCCCCUUGCUGCUGUACGGAAUGAUGAACUUUGCCCCUUACAACUUGACAUACUGCAUUGCUCCCAUGAUCGUUGGUACCGUCUUCAACUGGUACAUCAAGCGCCACUAUGUUGCUUGGUGGGAGAAAUACGCUUAUGUCCUUACUUCCUCCUUUGGAGCUGCCCUGGCCAUUUCCGCCGUGGUUAUCUUCUUUGCCGUCGAGUACAAGACCGUCAAUGUCACCUGGUGGGGAAAUUCGGUUUCAUUCGCUGGAUGUGAUGACUCUGGAUGUUCAAGACUCCCUAUUCCGUCCACUGGUGUCCCAGCAUGA